AUGGUUCUCGACAGACUCCAGCAGUUGGCUCAUCACGUCAACGCGACAAUGCCUCCACCGCAUCCGUUUGAUCCUCUCUCCACCGCGGAGAUCGAUGCAGCCGUCGCUCUCAUUCGCAAGGAACAUGGCUCACUCAACUUCAAUGCGGUCACAUUGUACGAGCCACGCAAAGCGCAGAUGAUGGCUUGGCUGAAAGAUCCCAAAACCGCCCCUCGCCCAGCCCGUGCCGCUGAUGUUGUUGCCAUUGCACCCGGGGGCAAGAUUUAUGAUGGGGUGGUGGAUCUGGACCAAAGAAAGAUCGUGGAAUGGAAACACACACCCAAUGUCCAGCCCUUGAUCACCAUGGAGGACCUGCAAGAGGUGGAACAUAUCGCACGCAAAGACCCGAAGGUCAUAGAGCAGUGCGGCAUCAUUGGCAUUCCUCCAGAGGACAUGCAUAAAGUAUACUGUGAUCCCUGGACCAUUGGGUACGACGAACGUUUUGGCACUGGGGUCAGAUUACAGCAAGCCCUUAUGUAUUAUCGUCCACAUGUCGAUGACUCCCAGUAUACCUAUCCAUUGGACUUCUGCCCCAUCUAUAACGCAGAGACCAAGCAGAUCAUCCAUGUCGACGUGCCUCCAGUACGAAGACCGCUCAGUAAAGCGCCACCAAACAAUUAUCUCCCCGAAUCCAUUGAGAAAGACGGUGGCUUCCGUACAGACAUCAAGCCAAUUCAUAUCACCCAGCCCGAGGGUGUCUCCUUUCAAGUGAAAGACCGCAUCAUCGACUGGCAAAACUGGAACAUCCACGUCGGCUUUAACUAUCGUGAGGGCAUUGUCCUCAACAACAUUACAUUUAAUGAUAAGGGCAAUGUACGGCCGAUCUUUUACCGACUCUCACUGGCGGAGAUGGUGGUUCCUUACGGGAACCCGGAACAUCCGCAUCAGCGAAAGCAUGCCUUUGAUCUAGGUGAAUAUGGUGGUGGCUAUAUGACAAACAGCCUAUCCCUUGGAUGUGACUGCAAGGGAGCCAUUCACUAUAUGGAUGCUGCCUUUGUCAACGGUGCCGGUGCCUCGACAAUCAUCAAGAAUGCUAUCUGUAUCCACGAGGAAGACGCCGGAAUCCUCUUCAAACACACGGACUUCCGCGACGAGUCAAUGGUUGUGACUCGUGGUCGCAAGUUGAUUAUCUCGCACAUAUUCACUGCUGCCAACUACGAAUAUUGUGUGUACUGGAUCUUCCAUCAAGAUGGUACGGUCCAGCUAGAGAUUAAGUUGACCGGUAUCUUGAACACAUACUCCCUGAACCCGGGCGAGGAUACCAAGGGCUGGGGCACUGAGGUCUACCCGGGUGUGAACGCUCAUAACCACCAGCACUUGUUCUGCUUACGUGUGGACCCUAAUAUCGAUGGGCCCGACAACACCGUUUUCCAGGUCGAUGCCGUUCGUGGUCCUGGGGAGGUUGGCAGUGCUGAGAACAAGUAUGGAAAUGCCUUCUACGCCAAAAAGACAAAAUACACCACUCCCGUGGAGUCCAUGUCCGAUUAUGAUGGUUUCACCACGCGCACCUGGGACAUGGCCAACACCAACAAGCUCAACCCAUAUAGCAAGAAGCCGGUCAGCUAUAAGCUUGUCAGCCGCGAUGUUCCACCACUUCUUCCUAAAGAAGGUAGCCUGGUCUGGAAGCGAGCCGGAUUUGCACGCCACGCAAUCCAUGUUACAAAAUACUCUGAUGAUGAAAUCCAUCCAGCCGGGCGCCAUGUUCCUCAAACUUCGGGUGAGCCCUCGCAUGGCUUACCUGCUUGGAUCGAGGCUGCUGGACCAGACUGCUCAAUUGAUAAUACGGAUGUUGUUUUAUGGCACACUUUUGGUUUAACGCAUUUCCCAGCACCCGAGGAUUACCCCAUCAUGCCUGCAGAGCCUAUGACACUACUUUUGCGCCCACGCAACUUCUUCGAUCGUAAUCCUGUGCUGGAUGUUCCACCUAGCUAUGCACGCUCACCAUCCCAGGUGCUAUCAGGAGCGAACAAUUGCGCAUGCAAAAAGAAUGAUGGAUCCAGUGUGUUAGUUUAG